UCGAGCGCAGCUGCUCAGUUUUAAACGGGAUUCCUUCUCGUGCUUCUUCACUGACGAUCGCUCGCAUUUACUAACCGGAAAAGUAUCUUAUAGAGAAGGACAGCACUGAGAAUCCCUCAUGCGUACCUGGAGAGACUUCCAGCGCACUCCAGAAUGACCAGGACAUACAUAGCAUCAGAAACAUUUCCCCCUUAUCGGAUAUGAAUUGUUUUGUGUCCUGUCUCUCCUCAGCUCUGCGUGAUGCGCGCUUCACGUGUUAUGUGUUCUUCACGUGUUACGUGCGCUUCACGUGUCCUCGCGCCACAGUGAGGUUGUUCAGCCCAGUCAGCUCGAGCUCGUAAUGCACAUAUAAUCCGGCGUGUAUGCCACGGCUCUGGAUGUGCGUGUGAACUGGUCCCGGUGGAUAUGUGUUCUCUUAAUUCAUUUUCCAAGUGGAGUGUUUGGAUUGUGUCUGAUCUCGUGAUGCUCCUCGUGCCUAUCCUCUGGUUGGCGUCGCACGCUCGCGCUGCUCCAUCUCUCACAACCGAACAGAUGGAUAUGGGGGUGGAUUGGCUGAGUAAGUUCGGAUACCUCCCACCAGCUGACCCUGUGACCGGCCAACUGCAGACCAAGGAGGCGCUGACCCAGGCGAUUAAAGCCAUGCAGAGAUUUGGUGGCCUGGAGGAAACCGGAGUGCUUGACCAGGCCACCCUAGGUUUAAUGAAGACGCCACGUUGUUCGCUGCCAGACAUGUCUGAGACGGAGACAACAGCUGGCAGGAGAAGACGAGCUUUGGCAACUCCAAAAAAGUGGACCAAGAGACACCUGUCCUGGAGGGUGCGGACAUUUCCCAAGGAGUCCGCCGUGCUCGGGAGGGAAACGGUUCGAGCCUUGAUGUACUACGCUCUGAAGGUGUGGAGUGAUAUCACACCGCUCAACUUCCAUGAGGUUGCAGGGAACAAGGCAGACAUCCAGAUUGACUUCACCAAAGCAGACCACAACGACGGCUACCCUUUCGAUGGUCCGGGUGGUACCGUAGCCCACGCCUUUUUCCCAGGAGAACGCUUCACUGCAGGGGAUACACACUUUGAUGAUGACGAGGCAUGGACUUUCAGGUCUCCAGAUUCUCAUGGCAUGGACCUGUUUGCUGUGGCAGUACACGAGUUUGGCCACGCCAUCGGACUCGCACACACGUCUGCCAUGGAGUCCAUCAUGCGUCCAUACUACCAGGGGCCUGUUGGUGACCCACUCAAGUACGAUCUCCCUUAUGAAGACAAAGUCAGAGUCUGGCAGCUUUAUGGUGUUCGGGACUCGGUCUCACACACGGCUCGUCCAGAUGGUGUGUUUCAUACCGAUGAUCCACCUGUUCUAAUGGACCUGCCAGAAAACAAAUCCACAGUGCCGCCAGCACGCGAUGCCCCUGACAGAUGUACCAGUCACUUUGAUGCAGUGGCUCAAAUCCGAGGGGAGGCCUUCUUUUUCAAAGGGAAGUAUUUUUGGCGACUGACUCGGGAUAAGCACCUGGUGUCGUUGAGACCGACUCAGAUCCAUCGCUUCUGGAGAGGUCUGCCUGCUAACCUGGAUAGCAUCGAUGCUGUGUAUGAGAGACCCGGAGACCAUAAGAUCGUCUUUUUUAAAGGAGUGAAGUACUGGGUGUUCAAAGACAACAACGUGGAGGAAGGCUACCCACGGCCCAUCAGUGAUUUCGGCCUGCCCAUGGAGGGCGUAGAUGCUGUCUUCGUCUGGCUUCAUAACGACAAGACAUACUUCUUUAAGGACAACCAUUACUGGCGCUAUGACGACCACCUGCGAAACAUGGACCAGGGCUACCCAAAAGACACAACGUUAUGGAAAGGGAUUCCAUCACAGCUGGAUGACGCCAUGCGCUGGUCUGACGGUGCCUCGUACUUCUUCAAGGGUAAGGAGUACUGGCGAGUGGUGGGCAGUGAUAUGGAGGUGGAGGCGGGGUAUCCGCGCCCCAUCGGUAUUGACUGGCUGGUCUGCAAGGACAUGCAGUCGGACACUCCAGAGUUGAGGAAUAACGAGACGGGCUCACAGCUUACCGGAAAGCACCACACAGACCACGCUGAGAAUGGCUACGAGGUGUGCUCCUGUACCUCAGACUCGGGCUCGUCCGCUGGCCCACGCCUGCAGCUCGCACCUGUUUGUCCUCUGGUAGCCUUCUUAAUACUGACACACACCUUCCUGUGUGGCACGCUCUGAUGAUGGGGACGCCACAGGCCUGCACUGGCAUGGACACAGACACAGAGAGUGCGUAUGCAGCGGCUUGUGGGAAGGACAACAGAGGGCAAAUUUACACUCCAAUCAGUGAUCAUUG